UGGUUUAGGGCUUUAAAGUUAAUGAUCUUUACUUGCUGAGCAAAGAUUUGGCUCUGGACUUUCUACACUCAGACUUCAUUUCAUUGUUAAGCUGGUUCCCAGAAUGGGGCCAUUGAUCCCUUUUGAUGCACACUCACUAGUAACUAAGUACCAUUGAACUCGGGUUGGCUUCUGAAUCUACAUGUUGAGGGCUGGAACAUCCUGCAAGCUGACUGCACUGACCUCAAUGCUAGUUUCACCAGGGAUUCUGAAAACUACAGCUGAAUGUUCUGGCGACAUUGGAAUUAAAUGUAAACUGCCAUCACCAGAGAAGCCUGAUGCAGUGUUACAUGCAGGGCAGCCAGAGAUGUUUCACUGCCUGACAUAGAGGACAGUUCGUUCACACAAUCCCACAUUCAGAAGCUUCAUUCUGCAUGACUGCCUAGAAAUGAUCAAGUAAAGUGAAACAGAUCUGAGUGAACAAUUGAACUCUUACCAUUGAACUCAAUGCGACUCACUCUUGACUAACCAUGCAGAAGGAACAGAUUGACCUCUCUGUGACCAUGUGGAGCUUUCAUCACUGGUCCUUAUCUCUCAGGCCCAUGUGACAGAAGUGCCAUUUCAGAUAGUUUCAGAGUCCAACAUACUCUUCACUGAACAGUUUGAUGGAGAAUCGGUCGGAUGACAGCAGGAACUGUUGUAAUCACUGGCGGAAUACUAGCAACAGUAAUCUUACUGUGUAUAAUCGCUGUUCUCUGCUAUUGUAGGCUACAGUAUUACUGCUGCAAGAAAGAUGAAUCUGAUGAAGAGGAAGAGGAGGAAGAGGAGGAGGAGGAGGGGGAGGGGGAGACUGACCUUCCCCCCCAUUCCCACUAUGUCAUGUGCAACGCUUGCAACUCUCGUAUCAUGGACGGGCAGGGCAACCCCUCCUUUCCACCUCAUGAGCUUAACAAGCAGGGCAUUCGGAACUAUUGCCCAACCUGCUCUCCCUCUGGCUCCCCCUUUUAUAUACGGACCGCUGACAUGGUGCGGAACGGGGGCGAGAGGAUCACCUACACACCCAUGUGCUGCAAGGAAAUGGGACUGCCUAUCAAAAUGGCAACCUUCCAGAGUUACCCGGUGACUCACCACUGCAUCAUACGCGAGACCUUUACAAACCCGAGGGCUUUUAGUACAGAAGUAUGAUCACUGUCUAUCACUUUCACAGGGUGCUUCAGAGUGUCCCCUUUUAGGUGAUGGGGAUUUAAAUUCUGAAUUUGCUAUGAAAACUCUUUGGACAAAAAAAAUGAAACCUGUGUCCAAGACCUACCAUUGCAGCAAGGCUUUCAUCCACAGGAAAAAAAGUUGACGUUGCUACCAUGGCGGUCAAACUUGGUCAUUUUUAACCUGCAACCAGGGUUCUUGUAUCCAAUGAGACAGUCUUAUCUAAGGAGGGCUAUGUACAGUACAAACUAACUUGCAUUUAAAAACUCUUGCAAUUACACCUUUCACAGGCAUCUUUAGUAUCUACACUUAACAAGCCCUAUUUGUCUGUCUUUCCAAAGCAAUGCCCACUGGCCUUCUCUGAGUGGUGAUGAGAGCACGAACAAGUUAGUCAAUACAAUGGUUCUUAGAAAGCUUCAUGCCCAGCAUGGGAACAGGAGUUAGGGACAAGGAUGAUAGUCACUUCUCAUGGUUUGCUGAAGAAGUAAAGUGAAAGAAAUGAGGGAUGGGGUAGCUAGAUUAUCCCUUUAUUAUAUCUGUUAUAAACUGAGUAUUAUCAGUAUAGAAUGUAAAAUAUGGUGACCAGUUCUGCUUAUUUCACCCACAAGCACAUAUAUACAAAAGAUAAAUGGAGGAGAGAGAGAAGCGGGGAGAUGAGGAAGUGUUAAGACACUAACCAUUGUUCUCCCAAAUUCUCCCCAAUUCCUUAACACUCACAGUCUUUCUUAAAUACAUGGAAUACUGAAGUUUAAAAGCUACACAACAAUGAAACAGCUAAAGCUUUGUUAGGUUUCUCUUGCACUUCACCCCCCUCCCUAGUGUUCAGAGCCCUUAUAUGGGGCUGACUACUGAUGUAUGUUCUGAUAAGAUAGCAUAAGGUAUUAUUUGUAUAAAUGUGUCCUGGUAUGGAAUAUGUAGGAGGACUACAAUCCACAUUCCUAAUGAGAAGAGGAAGAAGAAGAAGAAGCAAGGCCAGAUCUCAAGUGAGUGGUAAAGCCAAUCCUAGGUUUGAAUGUAUCAUGACAUGUUUGGGACAAGUUAAUAGUGUGCACUUUUAAAGGACUCUUUGGAUCCAUAGCAGAAAAUGUACUGUACUGCUUCAUGAAUUUAUUGGUUGAUAACUUCUGCAGUGUCACCCUUUGCUAUUUGUGUGUUCAUGUGUUUCAAUGAGUAAUCAUUUCAUCUUCUAAGAAGGAUGACCAACCGCUUUCCAGUAUCAGUUAGGCAUGGAGGGUUUUUUGGUUUGCUAAAUAGUCUAACCAGAGUUGGACAAGAUAUUAAUAAGCACAGUCGUUCCCUAUUCUAUAGAGAUUUGAAUAUGGAUUGGGAUCAGUUCUAAGUCCCAAAGACAUAUUUUUCUACCUGAGCGGGACAUUUAUGAGAAAAUCUACACUGCCUUAAACAGUCACAAAUACUUGAAAAUCAAGUAUGGCAGUGCCUGAUGGGAAUCAGAGUUGAAUUAUUUAUGUGGAGUGCAUGAAGUUAUUCUUUUUUUGGAUUAUACUUCUACCCAAUAUGUAAUUCCACUGAAACUGAGAAGUGAACGGAGGUAGGUGUCUGUGUCUUCUGAUUCACUGCAGAUGAUGAAGGACUGCAUGACUAAGUAGUACGGAGCUGGUAAUCUGAUUUGCUUCUUGUCUUCAUAAUCAGAAAGGUCUAUUAAAAUUGCUUCCCAUUGUAAAAAAACCAA